AUGGCCGUCGUCAUCAGCUCCUCCGGCAUGUAUGGCUCGACAUGGCGCGCCACGGCGACGACCACGACGCUCCUACUCGCACUAGCCGCCGCCGCUGGCCUCCUCCUCACGCCGGUCGCGGCACGCGGGUCACCCGAGCACGACAAGCAGCAGCAGCAGCGCGAGGACGACCGCAUCCUAGGGCUGCCGGGGCAGCCCAACGGCGUGGCGUUCGGCAUGUACGGCGGCUACGUGACCAUCGACGACGACAACGGCCGCACGCUCUACUACUGCCCAGGACACGUAUACUUUCCUGGUGAAAUGGUUCGAGAGAUUCCCGCACUACAAGUACCGCGAAUUCUAUAUUGCCGGGGAGAGCGCAAUACCAUAUUUGAUAACUGGGGACAGGCAGCCGAUGACCUGCUACCCGUCUACAGGGAGCUCAUUCAAGCUGGCCUCAGGGUCUGGGUCUUCAGUGGUGACACGGACAGUGUAGUGCCUGUGAGUUCGACCAGGCGCUCUCUUGCCGCCCUGGGCCUUCCUGUUAAAACUAGCUGGUACCCCUGGUACAUGGCCCCAACCGAGCGUGAGGUUGGUGGCUGGAGCGUGCAAUAUGAAGGCCUGACCUACAUCACCGUCCGCGGCGCCGGGCACCUGGUUCCCGUGCACCGUCCGGCGCAAGCGUUCCUCUUGUUCACGCAAUUCCUCAAGGGCGAACCCAUGCCAGCCGAGGAAAAGAAUGACAUCCUCCUUCCUAGUGAGAAGAAGGCUCCCUUCUAG